UCUCGACAGUCGACUUACAAAUCCCUAAUGGAAAAAUAUUGUUGAAAACAAAAAGCUAACAAAAAUAGGAAAAGUCAUUGUAUAUUAAGGUGUUUUUAAAGCAAAAAAAUAAAUAAAUCUUUAAAUUAUUUGUAAUUGAAGUUUUGUGAGCCCAACUUACGCGUAUUUUCUCACGAUGAAUGGCAUUUGGUGAAGGAGCAAGCAAGUUCUUAAAACUGGAAGCCAAGAAAUACUGUUCCUAUUCCUGUAUACAAAUUUCAAGGACGCCAACUGCGUGUAUAACAACCAGAAAAUUGUCAGAAUAUUUGCAGUAGAAAUAUCUUGCGGACAAGAACCCGUAAAGACAAGAGUAAUAAUAGACUUUACAUCGCUUCGCCAUGGCAGCAGACGAGGAGUUGCCAGAAGAACUGGAUAAGUUGCAAAUCACACCGAACUUACCCCAGGUCAAAUUGCUCGACACUAAUCUUCCUCUGGUUUUAAAUCCAUUCUUCGACGAGGAAGUAAAAACAACAAGUGAAGCGACACAAAGGACAAUCGAAGGACAAUCUCCAAGGGAAUCUCGAAUAAGAACUUGUCGCACAUGUCGCUUUAGACGAGCAUCAGAGAGUAAUGUUCUAGAAGAGCUGAAGAUAGCAGCAAGUUCUAAUAGUAGUUCAGCAGAAUCUUUAAUUGCAUCAAAUGCUUCGGGGGGAGUUCAAAAGCCAACAUUUAAAAAAUGCAUAUCGUCAUCAGCUGGAAAUCCCGGUAGAAAGCUAAUACUGCGUGAACCCGUGUUGAGGGCAAUGUCCCUGUGUUUGCAUCCACAGAGUAGUGUACGACGUAAAUUAAUGCUUCCAACGCCUCACGCCGGACAAAGUCAGAGUCUUGAAACCAAUGAACGCUUACCUAUGGCCUCGAAGGGGAUUAGCGAUUUCCGAGAUCUUAUCGAAGAAUGUCGAAGUCUUUUGACAGAGGACGUCGAUUUUAGCGGUCGCUUGAAUAAGCUAAGUUUGUCCAACAAAAAUUUCAAGAACUUUACAAAGAUGCAAACACAGACCUGCAACAAAUCCCGGAAUAGAGUAGCACAAAACCAACAAAAAUGUUCAACCACAAGAUCAGAUGUUGCAAGCGGAGGCUGUGUCAAUGAUUCUAAUGGCCAAACACAUCACCAGGGUUCGUUGUCACAGCCUCCUUUAACUAUGCAACGCAGUGGUUCUUCACAUACUUCAUGUUCUCAGCAGGCUGCUGGAAAUACAGCUGCAACAGCGGCAUCCGACGAUGUGACCAUUGAUGAGCUGGCCUGUUAUUUUGAUACAUUCGUCCACAUACCCAAGAAGAUGUCGACCAUGGCAGAAAUGAUGUACAUAUAGGUAGAAUUAACUUCAUACAACCACAGUAAAUAUUAUUAGUUUUAUACUAGAAACAAAGAACGGUGAAUGAACAUAAACUCUGAUCCCUCGUUUCAUUCCUUAUUUGCCCACAUAUUGAAAUAACAUAAUACAACUGUUUUCUGAUUUAUUCAUAAAAAUUUUUUGCAUUAUUUUUGCUAAAUUCUAUUCGUAUUAAUCAACGCCUGGAAACUAUUUACGAAUUCUUUUUAUACACAAUUAUAUUAUUUUGUACGUUUGGAGUCUUGAGCAUGAACAAGCCGAAUGAUUUACAAUUUUAAAUGCUGUGUAAAGAAAAUGUUUUACUAGAAUUAAUGGAUUUUAUUGUUUACAAAUAAAUGUGUUUUAACCAAA